AUGAAAGCGUACGGUUAUUUGUUAAAGCAGGAGAUUUACCAAAUUAUUUACGUGCAGGAUGUCUUUUCGCAAUAUGAAGAAUUUUUGGCUACCGUUACGAGGGUGUUCGAUCCGAAGGUGCUCUUUCUUACCGUCAUACCGAUCGUAGCCGGUCUCAGCACGACCUUGUAUUCCAAAUUGCUGCUCAGUGUGCUUCUGACGGAGUACGCCAACACAAUCGUCAAAUGGAUACUCGCAGAAGAUCGCCCGUUCUGGUGGUUAAACGAGACGAAAGAGUUCUCCUCACUGAACCGUCCAAAAAUUUAUCAAAACGAGCUAACCUGUGAGCCAAGCCCAGGUAAUCCGUCCGGUCAUCUGAUGACCUCCACAACCUAUCUCUUUGUGAUAUUCUCGGUGCUAGAGGAAUAUUUCCAGAAAUACGGAAGGUUCGCAAGGGUUUCGCUGCGAACCGCGUACUACAGCACAUUGUUUUUCAUCUCCAUUUCACGGAUGUAUUUCGGAUGCCACUUUCUGCACCAGUGCGUGUUCGGAAUUCUCUUGGGAAUUGUAAUGAGCAAAGUGUGCCUUUCGCAUCGGAUGGAAAAAUACAUUGCGAAGCAAUCGUGCAAGCGUAGGGUUGGAUUCGUCAUUUGCCUAUGCUUGCUAGUGAUAUCCUUGUACUGGGCCCAAAAGCUGUUGGGAAUCGAUCCGCAAUGGGCGGUAAAGAUGGCCUUCAAAUGGUGCGAAGAUCCUUUCUAUUUGAAGCCGACCACUACACUAGUGUUCAGCGCAAUACGCCUUACAGGGUCAUUAUUCGCAUUGGCUGUAGUAGGACCUGUUCUAAAAGCUAAACCGCUAAAUAUGAAGCUCAGCAUUCCGAUGGUGUUUGCACUGAUGGCGUUCGAGUGGAUAGCGCUAGACUACGCGCCGCGUAACUAUGGUGUGGUGGUGUACUUUUCGUCAUGCUUCCUACUGUACUUCCUCUUCACCUACGCGUAUCUUCGCUGGGUACCUGCACUUGCCGGGCAAGAGAUACGCUUAGCACGGAGUGAUAGAAAGUCUAAAUCUAACUAA